ACAAAAUCAGUAUUUUUUUUACGAUAAAAAUUUUAUUUCACCUAAUAUACACGAAGUCCCCUGUAUUCAAAUUACAUUUCAAAUGACAGUUCGUAUUCGCUGCUUCGUUUACCAGCUGUUUAACGUUUGUUUAUUAAUCCGAGUGCAAAAUAUUUUGUUUAUAUUAUUUAUUGUUCUAUUGAAAAAGAAAUGCUGCACAGACGUUGCAUUGUUAUUAACAUGCGUUCUGCUUUGGCGCUGAUUAUGAUUUUCAUAUUUAGUGGCAUACGUCAAAGUCAAACUGCUGGUGGCAAUCUCAUGGAGACUGAAACAAAGCUGGAAGGCCAAUCAAAAAAUGUUACCAACAACAAUGACGCCAUACCACUCACAAUCAAAAGCAUCAAUGACACUAAUGUAUCCUGUCCAGGCGGUCCAGAAAGCGAGUGUUCAGCACUACCUUUUCCUUGCAUACGCUGUAAUUAUAAUUACUCUUGCCAUUAUGGUCGCGAUAUUAACGUCACCUGUACAGCAUUGGAUCAUGUACAAUGUCAAGGUAAUCGGACAUUCGUACAACAAAUGAAUUGUCGUUAUUGCUAUCAAACAGACUUGUGGCAACAGUCGUGUGCACUCCGUGGAAAUUGUAAUUCAGUGAAUGGUAACUUUUAUCGCACCAAUUGCACAGUACAUUCAGAUGUGUUUUGCCUUGGCAAUCGUUCAUUUACACGUAAUAUUAAGUGUAACUGGACUCAGGGGUAUCGUUGGAGCACCGCACUUAUAAUUAGUAUUACGUUAGGUGGCUUUGGUGCCGACCGUUUUUAUCUCGGUCACUGGCAAGAAGGUAUUGGAAAACUGUUCAGUUUUGGUGGUUUAGGUGUUUGGACUAUUAUAGACGUUCUUCUCAUAUCGUUACAUUACUUGGGGCCGGCUGAUGGUUCGUUAUAUAUAUAGUAAAAGUUGUAAUAUUAAAAAAAAAGAACAUUGUAAUUUAAACAGACUGUACAAUGUAGUAAUGUAAGCGUAUAUGGUUAUAUAAUUAGAUAUUUUAUUCAAAUAAAAAUUUUAUUUUAUACUAAAACA